AUGUGUAUUACUGAUUUCACGACUUCAUACAAAUUGUCAUCAGUCGUGCACCAGAGCCAGGACCCAUCCGCGCCCUUCCCGUUGGCUUUCAGAACAUCAAAAAUUGUGGUGCUCUCAAAAUUGUGCUCUACGAUUGGGGCCACAGAGGUUUACUCUUGGCGUGAAAAUAUCGGAGUCCUCGUGGCUGGUGGAGCCACCCGGACAUGGCGAAGAAUCGCAUUCUCGAGAACACUACCAUUCGAUAAGAUUUCUUUGAUUCCUCCUUGCAUUUAUCAUAAGUUUGAUUUAGCUACAGCAGGUUUUGCUAUUGAUAAUCCUACUUGUGAUUCAUCACUCGUUGGUGUUGAAUUCCACCCACUCGCACCCCUGCUCGCUGGCCCGCUUCACCACCGCGAAGUUCUGCGGCACCACCACCGCCUGACCCUCACGGACCUCGCCGUCCAACACCGCCCAACCCCGGUGGUUCACAAUCUGCAUCCGGGACGCACAGCGCGUGACGUACAGGAAGCUGUGUGCUUUCACGAACCAGUGCAGCGCCAUUCCCGCGUUCUGCCCAAAAAAAAAGAAACUCAGGCCUCAGAAGAGGUUAAAGCUGAUACAAAGAAAAGGAUGCCCUAUGAUGACAGGCUGCUCUAA